UGCUCGUCUCUUUAUUGGUUUGGGGUGUGGGGUCCACUGCCGGGUUAUUAUAAUGACCAAUGGGAAUCCGGGUGCAAAAUUUGACGGCAUGCUGAAAGCGCAGCGUUUCCCCCCUUCAUAUCGCGUUUCUUCUUUUCGUUAAAACAGAUUUCCUGCGCCUCUCCGACGUUUCACGGCGAAAAUUUUCCGAGCUGAAGGCCGAGGCGAGGCCACAGGCGGAGCAGGCAGCGCCGGCGCCGGCGGCUCGAUGGGGCAUAAAUCCUCACGGUUUCUUCCCUCAACUACCUCACUCUCCCCCGCUUCCGCCGCCACCCCCCAAUACAACCCCUUCCCCGCCCCUCCCACUGUCGAGAUACCUAAAUCCACGUCAGCCUUCCCACAAUCACUUUUAGAAUUCCUCACGAGCUCUCUCCGAUGGAUUCUACCACCCCGGGUACCUGAUCCCGCCCUCGUGACCUCUCCAGCUCCGAUCUGGCCGCUUCCACGGCCUCGGCGGAUUUCAUCGGAUCGAGGCUGCUCGGUUCCUCUUUUUCGACCAUACGUCGCCUCGGUGCCCUGGCAUGGUGGUGUGCGGGGGUUCCUCUCUCAGCUGUUCCCUCGGUACGGCCACUACUGCGGCCCCAACUGGUCCAGCGGCAAGGACGGCGGUUCUAUGCUGUGGGAUCAGCGCCCCAUCGAUUGGAUCGACUUCUGCUGCUAUUGUCAUGAUAUCGGCUACGACACGUACGAUCAGGCAAAAUUGCUGAAGGCGGACCUCGCCUUCCUGGAAUGCCUGGAGCAGCCGAGGAUGGCUUCGAAAGGUGGUGGUGCUCCAGCAGCAAUUAUCUACCGAUCUAUGUGCAUUGCAGGGCUGAGGACUGUAUUGAUACCUUAUAGGAUGCACCUAGUUAGACUGCAAUCUGGACCAUCAUUCAUGGAUGUGUUCAACAACUUCAUAAGUAAAUGGAGUUCAUCUGUCAAUAAUGAGGCUACAAAGCCGGACAGGAAUGUUGUGAAACCCAAAGGGAUAUUUUGAUGCUGUGAACCAUCUUGCUCAUUUGUUUUCUCAUUUGUGCAGUUGUAGCGACUGAAUACAUGCUUAUGUGUAUUGUGAAUUCAGUUGGCAUAUUGAUGCUACAUGCUUCGGUAGUCUAGCCUCUUUUUGGCACAAUUUUGAGAAAGCAUGUUCAAUUGUACCUUUACCUUGAUGCACUCUUAACUUAUACACCGAGAAAUGUUUGUUACUUCACACAUAGUCACUAACAAGUUAGCGAACCAUUUAUCUAAUUAUCUGAAUUGAUUUUUGAUACUGUAUAGGAUAGACAAUGACAAACACACACAAGAGAUGGACUAACACUCAUUGGUGUGUAUCCAUGAUUAACAAGGGAGGUUCAAUAGAUCCAAUCACCUUCAGUUUCUUCUGCAUUGUGACAAUUUGUUAUUGUAGGUUUAUGUUCCACUUAAUUCCUACUGCAUAACAAGUCAUGUGUCCAACCAUUUAAAGUCGAAUACAUCGAUCUUAUCCUCUAUUGAACUCUAUGCAAUGCUCCAUUACUCUUGAUCUCUGAAUUACAUCGAAUAGUGUUUUAUUUGAUCUCUCCUCGACUUGUGAUCUAGUGGAUUUAACUUGUUUAAGUAUAGUAUCUACUUUCGAAUGCAUAGGAUUUGGUCAUCUAAUAAACUCUUUGUUAUGCUUGAAUAUGAAUGAGUUUUCAGGACAAUGUAAGUAGUAAAUUGAAUCGCAUAAAUAUUUUUCAUGGUAUUUGUUGUCAUUUUUGGCAUCUUGACAAUCAAAUUCAACUCUUGUUAUAUCAUAAACUCUCUGUUUGUAGAGAUUUUUUUACAGUAAAAAAAAUAUAUAAUUGGUUGAUAAGAGAUUAUGACAAUCAAAU